AUGCUUAGACGCAGCCUCUUGCUUGUGCGCGCCUUGAUAAAAGCAGCAUUAUGCGAUGAUGUCGUCGUGGACAUCCAAGGUAACGCUGUUCUGUCAGGUGCCGAUUACUACAUGAUGCUACCAUUUGAGGGCCCCGAUGGAGGCGAAUUUGCACCUGGCAAGACCUCCAACAUGACCUGUCCACUUAGCGUCGUCCUUGAUCCGGCCAGCGGCGGCGAACUGGUGAGAAUUUCUUCAACCUCUGCAAAAAAGGGGAUCGUCUCUACCGAAGAAGCCGUGGAUGUUUCAUUUGCAAACAAGAUAAAGUGUGCCGAAUCAUCCAAGUGGAUGAUUGUUAGAGAGAGGGGUGAAGAUUUUUGGUCUGUGGUAAUCAGUAGUGCUCGGGAUCAUCCAGGCAGCGAGAUUUUGAGUGGUUCUUUCAAGAUCCAAAAGUCUAAUGUAAUGGGUGGCUAUAAAUUCAUAUUCUGCCCAAAUGCUACUGUUUGUGGUAACAUUCAGGGGUCAGACCGCCUAGUUUUGAUAUUUGGUUCCGAUUCUGCCUUCAAUUUUGUACUCCGCCCCAAGGCUUCCCUUGGAUCUUGA